AUGGCGGCCAACUACUGGACCUCGACGCAGCGGCGGUUCUGGCUGUUUGACCGCGAACAGCUGGCAGAGACGCGGGCGGCGCUGGACGAGGCUGAUCGGGCCUUCAUCGCCCAAUAUCCCCUGCCCGACCACCGCCUGGUCAACAUCUACAUCAACCAGCAACUGAUCAAGCUGGGGAAGCGGAUGAACACUCGCCAGCAAGCUCUGGCUACGGCGCAGGUCUAUGUGAAGCGCUUCUUUACUCGGGUCAGCAUCCGGCGGACGAACCCGUACCUACUGCUGACCACGGCCUUUUACCUCGCCUGCAAGACGGAAGAGUGUCCCCAGCAUAUCAAGUACGUCGUCUCCGAAGCACGGGGACUAUGGCCGGCAGAAUUCAUCCUGUCUGACGCUGCCAAAGUGGGCGAGUGCGAGUUCUGGCUCAUCAGCGAGCUCAACUCGCAGCUCAUCAUCCACCACCCGUACAGGACGCUGUCGGACUUCUCGUCGUCGCUGACCAACACGACCGGGACCGGCCUCUGUCUAUCCUCUGACGAGAUCGCGCUGGCCUGGUCGGUGGUGAACGACAGCUACCUGACGGACCUCCCGCUGCUCCAGCCACCGCACGUCAUUGCCGUGAUGGCCGUGUUUGUGGCUGUGGUGUUCAAACCGGGCGCGGGCAGCAGCAGCAGCACAGGCUCGAGUUCGGGUGCUGGGAUGGCUGCAGGCAUACGAGAAGGGAUGGGGGACGGGGGCCGGGUGCAGAAGGUUGUGGAGUGGCUGGCGGGCAGCGAGGUGUCGAUCGAGGCCGUGGUGGAGAGCACGCAGGAGAUGGUGGCGCUGUAUGAGGUGUGGGAGGGAUACGGGGAGAAAGGGCUGCGCGAGGCGAUCGGACGGUAUGUGCGGGGGAGGUUUCUGGACAAGUAG